GAAACAAAUAAAUUUGAUACUGACGUUUAGUUCUUUAUGUGAAAUCUGAAAUCCUACAAGAUAUAUUCAAUAAUACAAUUACAAGUUAACAAUUAUAUCAAAGAGUAGAUAAGUUCACUCUGUGAUCGUAUAAUAAUUUUUACUAAUAUCUUCAUUGCUUAAAUACUUUGUAUACGUCUAGGUUUUAUCAUUUCCGUAUCAAAAUAGUAGAAUUUGUGUAUUUGUAACUGUGGUGUUAUGAUAUUUUGAAGAUGCCUCUUCUAUACUGUGUAGUUGCAAGAGGACCAAAUGUCCUGACAAAAUAUGCUUGUUGUGCUGGUAACUUCUCAGAAGUUACAGAACAGAUUAUUUCAAGAAUACCUCCUCAUGACGAUAAACUUACUUAUUCACACGGAAGUUAUUUAUUUCACUAUAUUUGUGAAAAUCAAGUUAUUUAUAUGUGUGUUACGGAUGAUGACUUUGAAAGAUCCAGGGCUUUCCUAUUUCUGAAUGAAAUUAAAAGAAGAUUCACAUCCGCUUAUAAUGGAAAUAUCGAGAAUGCCUUACCAUAUGCUAUGAAUACAGAAUUUUCUAGAGUUUUAGCUAAUGAAAUGAAACAUUAUUCAGAGUCAACUGAUAUUGAUAACAUAUCAAAAAUACAUGGGGAAUUGGAUGAAUUGAAGAAUAUAAUGGUGAAAAAUAUUGGUAAUGUUGCGAUGAGAGGAGAAAGGCUGGAAUUAUUAGUGAAUAAGGCAGACAAUUUGAAUGCAGGUAGUGUUUCUUUUAGAACAACCAGCAGAAAUUUGGCUAGACAGAUGUUUUGGAAAAAUGUUAAGAUAUAUUGCAUUAUUGGCCUUGUUAUUACUGUUUUUAUAUACUUUGUAAUAUCACUUUCUUGUCAUGAUUUCCUUUGGAGAGGUUGUUUUUGAAAGUAAUCAAUUCUUUACAUUUACAUACAAAAGUUGGGUACCCUGAAAUUCAAAGUUGUGUAUAAAAAUUUUUAUUUAAUUGAAGGAAGUACCUACCUAGCUAUCAUAUGAAUAUAAUAAUAUACAGAAUGUGAUAAUAUCUGAUAUUUAAAAAUGAUAUAAUUUUACCUUUCAUUAAUUUUGAAUAAAUUUGAGAACUAUUUUGAAGAGUAUAAUGUAUGGUUGAAUUUCUGUGAUGGGGUAUUGAUUGGAGCUUUUCAUAUAAUGAAUAUGUUGGUGAAACACAUAACUUUUUACUUAUUUAAAUGAAAAAAAUGUGUUAAUUUUAAUCAAUCACACAUAUUCUAUAGCACUAAAUUAAAAACAGUAUAUUUCAUGUGAUUGAAAAAGUAAAUAUGUUUAAACUUGAUUCUGAAAUCAUGUUGUUUAGAACAAAUUUCAACUUUUUAAUGCAACUAAACCAAAAACUCAAAUUCUCUCUUAUCAUUAGGUGAAUUCUGACUAAACAAUUUAUUACAGACAUAUUUUGAAAUUUCUCAAAUACUUUUAUCAGUAAAUAAUAUUAGUACCUAAUUAAAAACAUCACCAUUUUAUUUUUCAAUACCUAAUGAAUUGUAAGGUUAAGGAAGCUGAUACCAAUGUUCUCAAGUAAUUUCAUUGGAAGUUAAUUAUCAUGUAUUGAAAAGAAUUAUAUGAUCUGAGUGAAUAAUAGAAAUAUAUCUACCUAUGAAAUAAACAUUUGCAAACAAUAAAUAAUUGUUUGCAAAUGCUUUACCAGAGCUUUAAGAUAUAGUUCUGGACCUUUGCUAUUCAUCAGUUCCCUUAUCAUCAAUGAAGAUAUUGUAUUGAAAUGUUAUUCCUAGAAUCAAGGGUUAUUAUUACAUCUUUUACUAAUAAAAUUGAUAUUACAUUUCUUUA